AUGGCCGGAGCUCAGCCACCUGGUGAUGGAGGAUGGACGUACCGCGAUAAAGAGCCUCCUCCAGGAUAUGACGGGACCAAUCCCCAAAGCAAGUUCAAAGCCUAUCUUCGUGACUUAGAAUUAUGGCAAGCUUGCACAGACGUGCCGGAGGACAAACAGGGGCUUAAGCUUGUCCAAGUCCUCUCGGGGGCAGCCAAAGCUGCCGUAGAUACCCUCACCGUGAAGGAGAUCAAGGGGGUCGACGGCUUCGCCAAUGUCCUGAAGAAGUUGAAGGAGGCGUUCGAGCCGUAUGUGGAGACGGCUCUUCCCCGAGCCAUGGAAGGGGCUUUCUAUGGCCAGCCGCGGGGCCACAAGGAAAGCAUGAGCGAGUUCCUCAUUCGUUUCCAGAGGGCGCAGGCGGUGCUCAAGGACGAGGGGGUCACGCUGCCUGUGAAAGCUUCGGGCUACUUGCUGUUCCGCCAGGCCAACCUGGAUAACGAGCUUGAGGCUCGUAUGGUUACCUGGCUGGGCGGCGACUACUCCCUGGACACCGUGAUCACCAACCUCAGGAGACUGGAGAGGGUCCACGCCGAAGGGGGCAAAAGGACCUUUCUGGUGGAAGAAGAGGAGCCCGGGGACAUGAGCUACGACCCUGUCGGAGUCGGCGCGGAGGUUUUCCUCGGCGAGCCGGCGGGCGAGGACGAAAGCGAAGAUGAAAACUGGGUCUUCAUGGAAGACGGCCACCUAGACCAGGUGCUAGAGGAGGACGAGGUCCUGGACGCCCUUGCGAGUUACCAGCAGGUGAGGCGCCAGAUCAAGGAGCAAAAGCUGGGCAGGCAGUUUUUCAAGCCAGGCGACCGUGGACCCGGAAAGGGGAAAGGAGCCGGUGGAGGCAGAGACCGUUCCCGCAACUUUGGCCGUGCCAAGGGUGAAGGCAAAGACGGGAAGGGCGAAAGCAGACGCAUCCACAUAGAGCAGCUCAAGCUAAGGACCCGCUGCAGAAAUUGCGGGCAGGUGGGGCGCUGGAGCCGCGAAUGCAAAGCCCCACCGAGCUUGGCUUCCUCUACGUCCCGGCCUCCGUCCUCGGUGGCUACCGGCUCGGCGGCCACGGGGUCCCAACGGUCGAGCUUUUAUUGGACGGUUCCCCCGGAAAGCCCGGGGAACUCCUCCUUCUUUACCUUUCUCGACGCUCUCAAGGAGGCGAGCAAAAGGACCGAAGCCGCAGCCGAGGUGCCCAGCAGUUUUGUAGUGACAGCAGACCACCAAGGCCUCGUUGACACAGCCGCCCAAGAAGGCCUCAUAGGACGCAGUGCUCUUCUAAGACUCCUUUCGGUACUUCGCAAGCACAACCUGCGAGCCCAUUGGACCGACAAAGAAGCUAGCGCCCGCGGAAUCGGAGGAAGCGCUCGUACUGUGGGUGUUUGUGAGCUACCGGUUGGUGUUGCGGGGGUGCCGGGUGUUCUAGAAACCACGGUGGUCACAGAUGAUGUUCCUCUUCUACUACCCGUUUCUUUGUUGAAGGCCCUGGGUGCCAUUGUGAACAUGCCCGAGGCUAAGCUACAGCUCACGGCGGUUAACGCAGAAUGCCUUAUGGUUUCUAUGGCUUCGGGGCACCUGGCUGUUUCUGUUGUUGACUUCGGGCCGCAGGGAUGGAGCCUCCCUUCCGGAUGCCAGGGCAUAAGGCAAGAGCGAGAUUUUCGAUUGAGCGGUGAAAGUGGACCUCAGCAGCAAUUCGGCUUUCAUUCGAUGUGUGCUCGCCCACCGCAAGAGCCCCGAAGGCGAGUGCACGAUCGCGCCCGGCUGGCUUUAAGAAACUGGCGGGUCAUCUUGGACAAGUUGUGCUCAGUUAUGCUUUGGGGACGGUGGCAUACGGCGGUGUCGGAUUGGAUGCCGGCCCCUUUGCCGGCGGCUUCGAGCCGAGCUUCGGGGACUUCCUCCGAGGCCGUGGCCUUGGCUCCGACCAGCAAGAGCAAGCUUUACCGCGACUACCUCAACGGGGGCCCCAAGAAGCUGACGAAGAUCAAGGGCAUCCCG